UUUAUCAUUUGUAUGAAUCAGUUGUGAAAAUAAAGAAUGAUGAAUAAUUUGAAGUUUUUUUUUGUUCUAUUCAUUGUUGUAAAUAUAAUUUGCAUUACUUUUGCACAAAAUGUGAAUAAAAAUGUGUUAUGUGGUACAAAAGAAACUUGUGGAGAUUGUAUUCAAGAAGAUGGUUGCAUAUGGUGCUCAAAAUUUGUGAAAUCUUCAGAAUCUGGAACAAGUAAUUUUGUAAGAUGCAUUGUAGAAUCGGAAAAAACACCAAACUGGUGUCCAGAAGAUUUAAUAAAAUAUAAUCCUGAACCAGAAUUAAAAGUAAUAAAAAAUUUACCAUUAAAUUCAGUACCAAAUAAAAAUGUCCCGAUUAUACAAAUUAGUCCACAAAGAGUUCAUUUAAAAUUACGGCGUAAUCAAGAAUACAAUUUGACUUUUCAAUAUGCUCAAGCUGUCGAUUAUCCGGUAGAUUUAUAUUACUUGAUGGAUUUGUCCAAUUCAAUGGCCGAUGAUCGAGAAAAUUUGUCAAAAUUAGGAGAUAAAUUAGCUGAUGCAAUGCGUAAAUUGACCAAAAAUUUUCGUUUAGGAUUUGGAAGUUUUGUGGAAAAAGUUACUAUGCCAUUUGUUAGUACUGUUCCUGAAAAGCUUCAAAAACCAUGUUCUUCAGCUAAUUGCACCGCUGCCUACAGUUACAAACAUCAUUUAAAACUUGAUUCGGAUACAUCCAAAUUUACAAUAGAAGUAAACAAUGCCAGGGUAUCUGGAAAUUUAGAUUCUCCUGAAGAUGGAUUUGAUGCCAUUUUACAAUCAAUAGUGUGCCAAAAAGAAAUUGGUUGGCGUGAGAAUGCAACUCAUUUGUUAGUAUUUUCUACAGAUGCUGGAUAUCAUUUAGCUGGUGACGGAAAACUAGCAGGUAUUGUUGAACCUCAUGAUGGGCGUUGCUAUUUAAAUGAUAAGGGGGAAUAUACACAUGCAUUAAAGUUUGAUUAUCCAUCUAUAUCGUUCAUAAAUCGUCAUGUUAAAAAACAUAAUAUUGAUCUAUUAUUUGCUGUUACAAAAAAUGUGGAAGAAACGUAUAGAAAUUUAGCUAAACGCAUUGCUGGAGCUCAAGUGGGAAUAUUAGAUAAUGAUUCUAAGAAUGUUGUGAGCUUAGUCAGCAAUGUAUACCAAAAAUUAAAACAAUCAGUCUUUAUAAUAGAUAAUGCUGGAUCCGAUAUUCAAAUUGACUAUUUUUCUAAAUGCUUGGAAGAUAAAGAAGAACGGAAAACAAAAAAUUGUAGUGAUAUUCGUUACAACAAAAUAGUGACUUUUACUGCUGCAAUAAGACCUACAAACUGUAAAAAACAAAUAAUUGAAAUAAAGCCACGAUCUUUAACUGAAAGUUUAGUUAUUGAACUUGAAGUCCAGUGUGAUUGCGAUUGUGAACAGUCAGGACACAAAUCAUUUGAAGCUGAUUCUCAAUAUUGUAGUUCAGCGGGUAAUUUGACUUGCGGUGUGUGUUCAUGUAAUAGUGGGCGCUUGGGGAAAUUUUGUGAAUGUGCUGAUGAUUCAGGUUUAUCAAAUAGUGCGGAUUUGAAUAGUUGUAAAAUAUCUAAUAAAACCGAUGAACGUGUAUGUUCAGAGCGAGGUAAAUGCAAAUGUGGAAAAUGUGUUUGCGAUAAAGGUCGACAACCUGGUGAAGAAUAUUCUGGUCCUUAUUGUCAAUGUGAUAACUUUUCAUGUAAAAAACCAAACAAUAAAAUGUGUUCAGGCCAUGGUACAUGUGAAUGUCGUCAUUGUAUUUGUGAUCCCGGUUUUACUGGAUCUGCCUGUGAAUGUGAUUUACGACCAGAGAGUUGUAUUGAACCCGGGAAAACAGAAAUAUGCUCUGGUAAAGGAUCAUGCAGAUGUGGUGAAUGUAUUUGUCAGACACAACCAAUUCGUUAUUGGGGACGAUAUUGUGACAUGUGCUCAGAUUGUCCUGGACAACGUUGUUCUGAAUUUGUCGAUUGUGUUGAAUGUCAAGCAUUUCCUAAUACUGGAAAAUAUUCUAUUGAAGAAUGCAAAUUGUAUUGUAAUUUUACAACUCACUUUGACGACGGUGAUAAUAAUGAUGUUAAUUUCAAGAUCUGUGAACAUAUUGAUAAUAAUGGAUGUACUAUGUUAUUUAAGUAUACCUAUGAUAUGAAUAAGCCAACCGUUUAUGUCCAAAAGGAGAAAAAAUGUCCUGCUAAAGUUGAACUUUUACCCAUAAUGCUGCUUGUAAUUGGAACAAUUGUGUUAGCUGGAAUAAUACUUUUAGUAAUAUGGAAAAUUGUUACUGAAGUGCAUGAUAGACGUGAAUAUGUACGAUUCGAAAAAGAGAGACAGAAUGCAAAAUGGGAUCGUGGGGAAAAUCCACUUUAUAAAGAACCAACGACAACUAUUAAAAAUCCAUUGUUUGAAGAAUCGUAGGAUAUAAACGAUUGUCACACUUUCUUCUCAAGAAUAUUCAAUUUUUUCUUUUUAACUGAAAACCCUUUUGUGUAUGUGUUCUGACUUGAGUUUUUGAAAUUAAAUUAUUUGAAGUUUUAAUAUGUUAGAGCAGGUUUGACGAACCAAUGAUAUA